UUAAGCGUAUAUACUACCACACGGUCAAACAUUGGUGCUGAGAGUAAUAUAGAUCUGGUUUUGAAUGUGGAGGAUUUUGACAUUGACUCCAAAUUUGAAAGGACAGUGAAUGUCUCUGUACCAAAGAAAACCCGAAAUAAUGGCACAUUAUAUGCAUAUAUAUUUCUUCAUCAUGCUGGCAUUUUGCCUUGGCAUGACAGUAAGCAGGUGCAUAUAGUAAGCCCUCUCACCAUGUACAUGGUCCCUAAACCAGAGGAGAUUAAUUUGCUCACUGGAGAAUCGACCACACAGCAAAUUGAAGCAGAAAAACAGACCAGUGCUCUAGAUGAACCUGUCUCUCACUGGAGGUCAAGAUUAACCUUAAAUAUCAUGGUGGAAGACUUUGUGUUUGAUGGAUCAUCCCUCCCUGCUGAUGUUCACCGUUACAUGAAGAUGGUUCAGUUGGGGAAGACAGUGCAUUACCUUCCAAUAUUAUUUAUUGAUCAGCUAAGCAACAGAGUGAAAGAUUUGAUGGUCAUAAAUCGUUCAACUACAGAGCUACCUCUUACAGUGUCAUAUGACAAAAUAUCCCUUGGAAAACUCCGAUUUUGGAUCCACAUGCAGGAUGCUGUAUACUCCCUCCAACAAUUUG